UGGCUGCGUGGGGCGGGAUAAGCACUGCACCUUCUUCCUGGAUCGCAAUGCUGCUUCCAAAAGCUACAUAUCUUCUAAUUUAAAGGCUAAAAAAAACUGUAAAAUAUAUAUUUUUCAGAAUAGCGGUUUAGAGGGAAAGCGCCGCGAUGGGAUUGCUGACAAUUUUGAAGAAGAUGAAACAGAAGGAGCGGGAGAUGAGGCUGCUGAUGCUAGGUUUGGACAACGCGGGGAAAACGACCAUCCUGAAGAAGUUUAACGGAGAAGACGUGAGCACCAUUUCUCCCACGCUGGGCUUCAACAUCAAAACUCUGGAGCACCGAGGGUUUAAACUGAAUAUUUGGGAUGUAGGUGGUCAGAAGUCCCUUCGUUCCUACUGGAGGAACUACUUUGAGAGCACAGACGGGCUGGUUUGGGUGGUGGACAGCGCGGACAGACUCAGGCUGGAGGACUGCAGGCAGGAGCUCAGUGCACUGCUGCUGGAGGAGAGGUUAGCCGGUGCAACGCUGCUGGUUUUUGCCAACAAACAAGACUUGCCAGGAGCUCUGUCGAAAGAGGCAAUAAGAGAGGCGUUAGCGCUGGAUGAGAUCAAAAGUCAUCACUGGUGCAUCAUCGGUUGCAGCGCAGUCACAGGAGAGAACCUGUUAUCCGGAGUGGACUGGCUGCUGGACGACAUCGCUGCAAGGAUCUUUACCACAGACUGAGUUGCUGUUGAACAAAUCAAACAAAAUGCAGCCCCUCAUGUUUGUUGAGCCCUGAAUGUCUCCAGGCUCGUGAUCAGACUGUGGAGAUCAUCAAAACUGAGCUCAACAUUUUCCUUUUUUUUUGCAGUUUGUGUAUUGACUGAUGCUUUUAUACUUUAUGGUAUAUCAGAUUGUCAACUGAUUUGUGCCUCACUGAUAUCUGUAGUUUUUCUAAUAAAUACAUUUAGUUGUGUCACUGUUA